UUACAACAGGCCGGUUUGCAGUGGCUCUAAACCUAAACCUCUAAACCGUCUGUUGAAUCGGCCUCCGUUGAGCCCCUUUAUUGUGCACAUGCUGGAAUGGUUCGAGGAGGAAGAUCAGUACAUCCUCAUCCUCAUCCUGGAAUAUUCUGAGUCCUGCCGAGACCUGUACGGAUUCAUCCUCCAGGAAAAGCUGAGUGAAUCACAGGCACGUAGCUUGAUGUACCAAGCGGUGCUCGCAGCCAAGCACUGUCUUGACGGAGGCGUCUUCCACCGUGACAUCAAGCUAGACAACUACGUGAUCAACACGGCGACGAACCGGGUCCAACUGAUAGACUUUGGCUGCGGUGAAGUCGCCGAAAGUGGCAUUAAGGGGCAAUUCAUUGGAUUCGCCUGCCCUCCUGAAUAUUUUGCGGAUUUUGAAUAUGAGGCCGAGCCAACCACCGUCUGGUCUCUGGGGAUUAUGAUGCACAGAACGGUGUGCAGCUGUAACCCCCUGAGAAAGGAAGAUGGCCGCCUGAGUUUUGACUCCAGAGUCUCCGCAGAAUUUCAGGAGUUGAUCACAUGGUGCCUGGCUCUUAAUCCAUCUGAGAGAGCGACCAUGGAGGACAUCCUGCAGCACGAAUGGUUUCGGCAGGAACGAAUGUCCGGAGCCAUUUAGGAGUCAGGUAGUAUGACAUCAGAGGUAAGGCAGAUGAUGACAGAAAUUGUCCAAGCAGUGAUGUCAUGUGUUUCAACUUUUCCUCACAUUUAUCCAUUCAGCAGAUUCUCCAUGUCAGCCGGAGUGAGGAAAGAGCAGAGAGUCAGGGUCCUUCAGCUUAGUUUAAGGGCCCUGACACACCAAGGAGACGCUCGGCCAAAGUUGGGUCGCCGUUGAGCGUC